UUUUCACAUAUGAUCUUUUUUGAUUAAAAUAUUGGAUUAAUAAUUAUAUCGAAUAAUUUCUAUUGUCAAGAUUAAAGUUAUUAAAUUCAUUCAAAAAUUAUCAAUGUUGAAUAAAUUUCGGCUAGCAAAAACACACACCUUUUCAAAAUUUAUCAAAUUAUGGCUUCGGCCAGGGCAUGGGCAGCCCGUUUUGUAUUUUUACACACAACAGGUAUGGCAAAGUAAGUUUUCGAACGAUAUACCACGGCAAUGAAUGUGAGAUGUGAAUGAGAUUGAAUGUUUUUGUUGCGCCGGCGCAAGUACGAAUCGGGGUUUUCGUCAGUAAAAUCAUUUCUUGGAUAAAUAUAGGUGAAAGGCAGGUAUAGGUAAAUUCAUGCAUCGCGAAGGCAUGUAUGUGCAGUGUGUAUCCGAGUAAUAGUUUUAACCGUUGGGUGGGAUGUGGGCUUAACAAAAUGGGCAGGCAAGAAAUCGGAAUUGCAACUUUUCUUUCCGCAGCAACUCCAAGUGAUCGAUUGACAAUGAGUAGAGUUUAUCAAAUUGCUUUAGCUAACUUUUGACGAUAUUUUACUUGAUAUUUUUCUAGUAAUUCUUCUAACGCGGUCUUUUAGUCCUUUUUGCUGAGAUCUAACAUGAAUCUUUUAGCUUCCAAUAGUUCACAAACCCAACCAGACAAAUUGAAUUAAAUUACGUUUUUCGCUUCCCUGUAAUAUUUGUGGUCACUUGGAAUGGGCAAAAUGCGUCCGCCUUGCUCUCCGUACCAGCCGUGGUGCAUGGAAGUGAGGUGGACGUUGAGCUCGAAGACUUCGCGCCGAAGAGGAUCGCCGAACGCCACGCCACAAACCUUUCUCCCUUCCCUUCCCUAUGUUAAUUGGAAUAGAAGGAUGCGAUUAAGAAUUGCAUUUCUUCGAGUUCCAUUAACAGAAAUAUUCCAAGUCCGACGCUGCUCGCGCGGGUAUAUAGCGCGAGGAUGAGGAUCGCAUGUUAUAUGUGUUAAAAUUUUUUAAUGUUGUGCAUGUCGUUUGGGAAUCUUUUUAAAACAAUAACUAGCGUGACUUGCCAUCUUGCAAGGCGCUUUAAAAACUUGACUGAUUUUGGUGGUGGGAACAUGUAUUGAGAGAUUUUCUUGCAGGAAUUUAAAGUAAAACCAAAACCCAAGUUUCGUCGCUGCUGCUCGUAUGCGCGCGGACUUGGCGCCUAAAACAUGCAUCUCAACGCUUCAUGCGUUUUAAACCCAAAAACCGAAAAAUUGUAAGGAAUAAAGUUUUUUCGCACCUUUUUGUGCGUGGUACUUGACUUCCACGGGAUUAUUUUUAGGCUGCUAAUCGAAAUUUUAUCUUUCAGAUUGUUAGGUCCCUAAUUUACUAAAAUUAACGCGAAUAAAGUUUUAUUACAGGUCCUAGUCAAUAGUUCUCGGUCCUAAUGCUAAUCAGACUUUUUUUUACAGAUUCUAGGUUUUAAUUAUUAGUUUUAAUACUAAUUAAGCUUGUAUUGCAGGCUGUCUCAGGCCACUAAUUCAGUUUGCUUUCUGAUUGCAGGAAACCGAAGACUCAGAGAACUCUCCAAGUUUUUUUUCAGAUCCUUGAUUUUAAUAUACUAAUCAAAUGUUGUUCGCAGGCUGUCUCUGGCUACUGAUCCAGUUCGCUUUCUGAUUUCAGGAAACCGAAGUCUCAGAAAAUCUUUGAAGUUUUUCUCAGAUCCUUCGUAUAGAACUAAUCACAUGUUGUUCGCAUUAGCCAUACCAACGAAUUCAGACCUGAAUUCGUUGGCCAUACUACCGCGCAGGCGAUGCACGCGACCUGCAGCGGCUCUCUGAAUUCGUUGGACCUGCAUUGAAUACAUCACCACCAAAGAGGAUCCCAUCCCCUCUGAUCACCACACGGUGCCACACGGUCAACGAAUUCAGUGUGUUGACACGGUGAUUAACGAAUUAAAAUUUUCAUCUAUUUAUUAAAGAUUUGAAGGUUUGAUGGUAAAAAUAAUUAUAAUUCGUCUGGUGACUUCUUCAAAAUAAUCCAAAAAAUCCUAUGUGACAAUUUCAUUCUUUUCUGAUUGUAAAAUUAUUCCAGCUAAUAUGUCAGCACCGCCACCUCACACGGACCGAGAUUUAGACUUGAGCAAUGCAGGGAGAGGAGUUUGGCUGGUUAAAGUUCCUAAGUAUAUAGCUAACAAGUGGGAAAAGGCACCAGGAAAUAUUGAAGUUGGGAAGCUCAAAAUCACAAAAAAUCUAGGCCAUAAGGCGGAAGUAUCUUUGAGGCUUUCAGAGGCAGUAUUAGCUCUAAAAGAACCUGGCGAGGGGGAUAUUCCAAAGGCGCAUAGGUUGGACGUGACAACUGUCACCCGACAAAUGCUCGGCGUGUUCUCUCAUGUCACGCCUUCCAGCAGUUCGGAUGCUAUUGUUCCUGAGACUGAAAAACUUUUUAUGGAGGGCAGGAUAGUACAAAAAUUGGAAUGUCGGCCUUAUGCGGACAACUGUUACAUGAAACUUAAGUUGGAGAGUAUAAGACGAGCGUCUGUCCCUCAGAGGCAAGUACAACAGUUGGACAGGGCAGUGCAGAAUUUCAAACCAGUUUCUGAUCAUAAACAUAAUAUCGAAUAUGCUGAAAAGAAGAAGGCGGAAGGUAAAAAAAUGAGAGAUGACAAAGAUGCCGUGCUUGAUAUGCUAUUCGCUGCUUUUGAAAAACAUCAAUAUUACAACAUCAGAGAUCUCGUGAAAAUCACCAGGCAACCCAUCGUUUACUUGAAAGAAAUUUUGAACGAGGUCUGUAAUUAUAAUCUUAAAAAUCCUCAUAGAAAUAUGUGGGAAUUGAAACCUGAAUAUCGUCAUUACAAGGACGAUGAAAAACCGGCAGAAAGCGUUGAGAAGGUCGAUGACUCGGACGACGAUUAGCAAAAUUUUCUGAAAUUCUGAGUAUAAUGACUGGCGUUAUUGUUUACCUUGCUGGGUCUCAGAGUAUCAGUUUUCCCAAUUAUGAUACGUCCAAUUGAUCUAUUUAUAAUCUUUCCGACGUUUAAAAUAUGCUAGCAAACUCUUCUCAUUAAUCAUCGGUUUGACGAGCAUCUAUUGUACAGUAUCGAGAUCAGAUUUACUUACAACUAGAAUCGUUCAAAUCUGUGUCAACGAUUUGUGAAAUCUGCACGGAACAACUGUGAUAAAUAUUGUAUUUAUUUUUACAAAAAUGACGAAAAUAGACGUGUUAAACAAA